CUUGAGGCAGGAGGAGGAGAGGGAGGAGGAGGAAGGAGAGGAGGAGAGGCAGGGGGGUGACUGAGCUCCUCUUGCACUCUCACACACAAACGCUGCCCAGGAUUGCCCGCCCGCUCACGCCGCGCUGCGCGCUUUUCCGCUGCUCGCGGCCCCCCCCACAUUGUUCUCUCAGGAACUCCUGGGUCCCCAGGGCUGACGCUGGGCCUGAGCCGGGGAGCGAAGAGACUUGGCUUUGGCCGAAGGGUCGGAGGUUUGGGGCCAGGCCCCCCGCCUGAGCCCCCCUCCCCCCACGGCACUUUUGGGGGGUGUGGAUUAUCUCAUCCCCGCAGGGAGGUGUGAGAGGGCGCCUGCUGCCCGCUUCCCUGCCGCCUCCCCGGCGGCGCCGGCCCGCGGCAGCCCCGCAGUAUGAGGUGGUGCUGGCGGCUCCGGGCCGUGGCGCGGCCGCUGCGGCGGUGGCUGCUCGGGGGGCGCUGAGGGAGCCCCCCGGAGCGGCGCGGCGGACGCACUUCUCCCCGGCGCCCCGGGCCUCGAGGCUUCCUUUCUCCAGCCGAAAGGACGCGGCUGUGCUACGAAGACCUUGUAUGCACAGUAAUGACCUCACGUUUCCGAUUGCCUGCUGGCAGAACCUACAAUGUACGAGCAUCAGAACUGGCCCGAGACAGACAGCAUACUGAGGUGGUUUGCAACAUCCUUCUUCUGGAUAACACUGUACAAGCUUUCAAAGUUAAUAAACAUGAUCAGGGGCAAGUUCUAUUGGAUAUAGUCUACAAGCAUCUUGAUUUGACUGAGCGAGACUAUUUUGGCUUACAGUUGGCUGAUGAUUCCACAGAUAAUCCGAGGUGGCUGGAUCCAAACAAACCAAUAAGGAAGCAGCUAAAGAGAGGAUCUCCUUACAGUUUGAACUUCAGAGUCAAAUUUUUUGUAAGUGACCCCAACAAGUUACAAGAAGAAUAUACAAGGUACCAGUAUUUUUUGCAAAUUAAACAAGACAUUCUGACUGGAAGAUUGCCCUGUCCUUAUAGUACUGCUGCCCUUUUAGCUUCAUUUGCUGUCCAGUCUGAACUUGGAGACUACAAUCAGUUGGAGAACUUGCCAGGCUACCUCUCAGAUUAUUCUUUCAUUCCUAAUCAACCUCAAGAUUUUGAAAAAGAAAUUGCAAAAUUACAUCAGCAACACAUAGGCUUAUCUCCUGCAGAAGCAGAAUUUAAUUACCUAAACACAGCACGUACCUUAGAACUCUAUGGAGUUGAAUUCCACUAUGCAAGGGAUCAAAGUAACAAUGAAAUUAUGAUUGGAGUGAUGUCAGGAGGAAUUCUCAUUUAUAAGAAUAGAGUACGAAUGAAUACCUUUCCAUGGUUGAAGAUAGUAAAAAUAUCUUUUAAGUGCAAACAGUUUUUUAUUCAACUUAGAAAAGAAUUGCAUGAAUCUAGAGAAACAUUAUUGGGAUUUAAUAUGGUGAAUUACAGAGCAUGUAAAAAUUUGUGGAAAGCAUGUGUAGAACAUCACACAUUCUUCCGUUUGGACAGACCACUUCCACCUCAAAAGAAUUUUUUUGCACAUUAUUUUACAUUAGGUUCAAAAUACCGGUACUGUGGGAGAACUGAAGUCCAGUCAGUUCAGUAUGGCAAAGAAAAGGCAAAUAAAGACAGGGUAUUUGCAAGGUCCCCAAGUAAGCCCUUGGUAAGGAAAUUAAUGGAUUGGGAAAUAGUAAGCAGAAAUUCAGCAUCUGAUGACAGGUUAGAAACACAAAGCCUCCCAUCACGGUCUCCACCUGGAACUCCUAAUCAUCGAAAUUCUGCAUUCACACAAGAGGGAACCCGGUUACGACCAUCGUCAGUUGGUCAUUUGGUAGACCAUGUGGUUCACACUUCCCCAAGUGAAGUAUUUGUGAAUCAGAGAUCUCCAUCAUCAACACAAGCUAAUAGCAUCAUUCUGGAAUCAUCACCGGAGACCCCUGGAGAUGGACAACCUCCAGCUUUACCACCCAAACAGUCUAAGAAAAACAGUUGGACUCAAAUUCAUUCUUCACAUUCUCAGCAAGAUCUGGAAAACCAUAUUAGUGAAACAUUUGAUGUUCCAUCUUCCCCUGAAAAACCUACUCCUAAUGGUGGUAUACCACAUGAUAAUCUUGUUCUAAUCAGAAUGAAACCGGAUGAAAAUGGAAGGUUUGGAUUCAAUGUAAAGGGAGGAUAUGAUCAGAAGAUGCCUGUAAUCGUAUCCCGAGUAGCACCAGGAACACCUGCUGAUCUCUGUGUCCCUCGAUUGAAUGAAGGGGACCAAGUUGUACUGAUCAAUGGUCGGGACAUUGCAGAACAUACCCAUGAUCAGGUUGUCCUGUUUAUUAAAGCUAGCUGUGAGAGACAUUCUGGGGAACUUGUGCUUCUAGUUCGACCUAAUGCUGUGUAUGAUGUAGUGGAAGAAAAGCUGGAAAAUGAACCAGACUUCCAGUACAUUCCUGAGAAAGCCCCACUAGAUAAUGUUCAUCAGGAUGACCAUUCCCUGCGGGAAUCAAUGAUCCAGCUAGCUGAGGGGCUUAUCACUGGAACAGUCCUGACACAAUUUGAUCAACUAUAUCGGAAAAAACCUGGAAUGACAAUGUCUUGUGCCAAAUUACCUCAGAACAUUUCCAAAAAUAGAUACAGAGAUAUUUCGCCUUAUGAUGCUACACGGGUCAUUUUAAAAGGUAAUGAAGACUACAUCAAUGCAAACUAUAUAAAUAUGGAAAUUCCUUCUUCCAGCAUUAUAAAUCAGUACAUUGCUUGUCAAGGGCCAUUACCACACACUUGUACAGAUUUUUGGCAGAUGACUUGGGAACAAGGCUCCUCCAUGGUUGUAAUGUUGACCACACAAGUUGAACGUGGCAGAGUUAAAUGUCACCAGUAUUGGCCAGAACCCACAGGAAGUUCAUCCUAUGGAUGCUAUCAAGUCACCUGUCACUCAGAAGAAGGAAACACUGCCUAUAUCUUCAGAAAGAUGACGCUAUUUAACCAAGAGAAAAAUGAGAGUCGCCAAGUCACUCAGAUCCAGUACAUAGCUUGGCCUGACCAUGGAGUCCCUGAUGAUUCAAGUGACUUUCUGGAUUUUGUUUGUCAUGUACGAAAUAAGAGAGCUGGCAAGGAGGAACCUAUUGUUGUUCAUUGCAGUGCUGGAAUUGGAAGAACUGGAGUUCUUAUUACUAUGGAAACAGCCAUGUGUCUCAUUGAAUGCAAUCAACCAGUUUAUCCACUAGACAUUGUGAGAACAAUGAGAGAUCAGCGAGCCAUGAUGAUCCAAACACCUAGUCAAUACAGAUUUGUGUGUGAAGCUAUUCUGAAAGUUUAUGAAGAAGGCUUUGUUAAACCCUUAACAACAUCAUCAAAUAAAUAAGAAAGGAAAAGGUCUGAGAUAUACAUUGGAAAACUGCUUUCCAUUAUAUUCACUGUGCCAUAAUACUGCUCGCAGGAAAUGGCAUCUAACAAAAAAAUGAAGAACUCAAAAAAACUUUGAAAACUUCAGCACUGUUGCACUUUAUGUUUAAAAAAAAAAAAUAUCACUCUUUCAAAA